UGAAAUACUUACUAUAAUUAAAGUUCACGAGAAAAUUUAGCUCUAGAAAAAUGAUGAGCAGGGGAUACAAGAUUGUUUCUCAAAACGGAAAUCAGGAACUAAACGCUAGAUCGGAUCAACGCUAUAGUGGCGACGACACACGCCAGCCUGGCGACGACAAAGACCAGACUGGCGAAGGUAAAGACCAGGUUAGGGAAGACACAGACCUAGCCGUGGACACGAGGUGUGGGGUGUGGACAUUCAAGCCGGACAUCUUGCAGCCGUGUGCCAACAUCUGGAGCUUCACCUUGCUAUACAGCUUGGCGGCUUUGCUGACCUCGACCUUGACCUCAUACGUAAACUCCCAGGUGACGACGCUAGAGAGACAAUUUGGCCUGAACUCCAAACAGACAGGUUUGAUCCUGGCAGCCAAUGAUGUGGGGUUUCUCAUCUGUGUGCUGUUCGUUAGCUACUCGGCUCCUAAACUACACAUCCCAAGGUCACUAGGUAUAGCGACGAUCACAUUUGGCGUAUCAGGCUUGGCCUGCUCCCUACCUCACUUCAUCUUUGGCGCGCGCUCGGACACUGGUCAGCUACAGAGCAACGUGACCUCUUCCAGAACUCUCUACGGUGCCAUGUGUGAUGGUCAGAACCAGAACUUCAACAAAUGUGCAUCAUCAGCAGACAAGAAAAGCCACCUGACCUCAGAGAACACGGCUAUUAUCUCUGUGGUCAUCAUCUUCCUGGGUAUGAUGAUACAGGGCUUCGGGAAAGCCCCGAGAACAUCAUUCACUGUGAUGUAUAUUGAUGACAACACCAAGAAAACCAACACUGGAAUAUUCAUGGGAAUCAUCGUAAGUGUUGGUGUAUUUGGACCUGUGUUGGCAUACCUGUUAGGGGGCGUUUUUACCCGGAUGUACGUCACGCUUAAAGACACCCAGUUGACCCCGACCCACCCCAGAUGGAUAGGGGCGUGGUGGUUAGGAUAUUUAACCUUUGGUUGUUUAGCCUUGAUGGUCUCCGUCCCGUUGUUUUGUUUCCCGAGGAAACUUCCACAGAAAGUCUCAAAGAAACAGAAAAAGGAGAGUCACGAAGGAGACAGCCAAGGGAACAACAUGGGGACAGAAUUAACCACAAAUGAACACGAUAAUCAACUAGACAACACCGGAAACAAUAAACACAUUGACAAGACAGGAUUUGUGAAUCAUCGAGAAAACACACAAUGGAAAUCUAAACUUAGCAUACAGUACAUCUUUAAUUACAUAAAAGAAUUUUUGGUGUCCAUGGUUCGACUUUUGACAAACCCCGUGUACGUCUGCAUGGUGAUCUCUGCGUGCUUCUUAUUGUUUGCCGUCAGCAGUGGUAACUCCUACACACCCAAAUACCUGGAGGCGAUGUUUAACCUACCAGCGUACAAGGCUAACUACGUCAUGGCUACUAAAUCCCUGUUUGCGUCGACACUUGGAACAUUUAUUGGAGGAUACUUGACCAAACGUAUUAAGAUGACCACCAUAAGGGCCCUCAAGUUUAUUAUCGUCGUCACGACUAUCUCUUUCUUCGCCUGCGUCAUGGCGUUUUUCUUUCAAUGUCAGCAGCCACCCCUACAUAACUGGCCAAGCACCAACACGACGUGCAACACAGGGUGCCAGUGUGCUGACAACAGCUACUUCGCCAUCUGUGGUCAAGACGGCAAGACCUACUACUCACCAUGUACAGCCGGCUGCUCGAAAGUCUUCAACGGGGUGUAUCAGAACUGCACCUGUAUUCCAGGUGGUCAGGCAACCAGCGGUUACUGUGACUACGGCUGCGACAACAUUUACGGCUACGCCUUUUUCUUCACGAUACGGUUUUUGGUUGCCACACUAUCACUUGUGCCAAAAAUUCUUGUUGUUAUAAGGAGCGUUGAUCCCCGGGAUAAAUCUCUGGCUUUAGGGUUUCAAGCUUUCAUGACGUCAAUAUUCGGUUGGCUUCUUGGUCCCGUCAUCAUUGGCUAUGUCAUCGAUGGGAUCUGCGUCAUCUGGGACGUCAAAUGUUCCACCAGGGGGCGCUGUCUGCUGUACGACAACGAGGUCUUUAACAACAAGCUGCACGGCUACAUCUCCGUCGCCACCACCAUCUCCAUCAUCUUCUUGUGUAUCGCCUACGUCUUCGCUAGAAAAAACCCGCGUUUUCAUGACAACUUCGGUCAAAAUGACCUCACGUCCGGCGACCUAAGUGUCAAGGUCAGCCAGGACAACAAAAAGGAUAGCGAGAACUUGUUAAAAGGAGAUAACUCUAACUCACGCAGUGAGAGAACAAAAGAAAAGGUUUAAAAUGCAGAAAUACUUAUUUACUUUAGCUGUUUUGGCUUAUACAGAAAAUUAAAAAAUUAUAUCCAUAUAAACGUUUUAUCAAACGAUUAUAUUUUACUCACUCUUAUACAAAGCUAAUGUCAACCUAUAUACAUAGAGCAAGGGGCAUGCACAUACCUGCACUGCUUACUUUAAUGUAAAUCAAUUAUCAUAUUAAAUAUGUUUUUCAAAUUGUUUUGCAUUUACUGUAAAACUUAUUAAUACGGUAUUUUCUAUUUGUCCAUUUGCGCCACCUUCGUCUCCAAAGACGCCAGUGACCGGAGUUCGAAUAUCAGUUAAGCAAUAUGUUUAAUCAGCUAUUAAACUGAGUUAUGUGAUUAAUUUUGA